CUGCUUCUAUUUGUCCUUCACCUUGCACACAGUCGAUUGUAAGAUUGAAGAAUUAUGAUACGGUCAACUCAAUAUUGGAGUAGAAUUUAAGCUUCAUUCGAAUUGUUAUUUCAGAACAUAUCUUCGUUCAGAUGUGUUGUAAAUUCGAUGAAAAAAGGUAAGGUACGCGUCACUAGACCAGUAAAUGUUUAUUUUUAGAAUCUAUUGCUAAAGGGAAGCCUCUUAUGAAAAAACAGAUCUGUUACAAGUUAGUAGUGUUCAGGAGUUUACUGGUGCGAUCGUAUAGGCGCUGGGAACCCUUGCAUUAAACUGUAGUUCCUUUGUGAUAGUUAUAAAAAAACGCCGAUAUUUGAAGCUACCACAAGUUAUCAUGUAAUGAUCUUGUUUGAAUCUAUUACUAGUUACUGGUUACCCAUCUUGUUCGAAGCUACCACUAGUUAUCAUGUACUCGUCUUGUUAGAAGCUAAAUAUCAUGUACUGACCUUGUUUUAAGCUAUCACUAGUUUGUUAUGAAAUGAUCAUGUUGGUAGCUACCACUAGUUAUAAUGUAUGUAUACUGAUCUUGUAGACUCCAAAGUUCUGAACCAUUUUAUUUCACGCGCGUCACAUCCUACGUCUAUUCACAAAUAAAAACCUACACAUUAGUUUGUGAGUACAAUUAUAACUUUUUAUAACACGUUCUCUUCUACUUCAUGUUGGUGUGUGUGGCACGCUUCAGAGAUGAAGAAGAUGCCGUUUCUUAAUGUGUGUAUACAUAUGUCCGCGUGAGUCUAUGUUAGUAUAUGUGGGCAUAUGUGAUUGUUUGAGUAGAAUAUAGGCGUUUGUCUGUGGGCGUGUCAUAUGUCAACGCUAAUGCUUUUAAAUGAAACUUUUAAUUAUGUUUCUAAUGUCUAGAAGUAAUCACCGUUUGGAAAUUUGAAACACAUGGAACAUCCAAAAUGUAUAAUUCUGCAUCUAAAACGUUGAAAUGUUUGUACAUCCAAGGACCGUUUAACCAAUGAUCAAGAGAGCAGAAAAGAUUCAUUCUAAAAUGGGUGGGUAUAUUAAAAAUAUUCUGCCUUUGCUAAUUUAUAUUCUCUCCGUCUAUCAUAUAUAUUUUUUUUCUAUUACACACACACAUACAUAUAUAUAUAUAUAUAUAUAUAUAUAUAUAUAUAUAUAUAUAUAUAUAUAUAUAUAUAUAUAUAUAUAUAUAUAUUUAUAUAUAUAUAUAUAUAUAUAUAUAUAUAUAUAUAUAUAUAAUAUAUAUUUUUUUUAUUACACACACACACACAUAUAUAUAUAUAUAUAUAUAUAUAUAUAUAUAUAUAUAUAUAUAUAUAUAUAUAUUUAUAUGUGUGUGUGUGUAAUAGAAAAAUAUAUAUUUAUAUAUUUUUUGUAUAUAUCUAGCUCUAUCUGUAUCUUUAUAUCUUUUUUAUGUUAUAUAACAGUUGCAGACAGUCAUUGAACUAAAGCAGGAAUUUCCAAACGCCUCUAUAUUCUGGAGCACCACUACUUGUUUGUCUCUAUUAGGCAACACAUACAAAAGUAAAAUCAAUCAUUUUAAAAACUGCACUGCAAACAAAAUGGUCUCCUAAACCUGAUUUUGGAUAACGAAGAGAACUUUAGAACUCAGAAAAUAUAUUCGUUACAUCAGGAAAAUAUUCAUGAAGAUUAAAAAAUAUAUAUAUAUAUAUAUAUAUUUAUAAAAUGUAUAUCAUAAGUUAAAAUUAAAAGUCACUGGCUCCUCGGUCCCUAAGACUCCAUUUGAUAAAAUCUCACUUAAGACUUUUUUUUAAUAACUUUUAUGAGAAGAUUCCCUGUGUUUGCUUUAUUUCUUAUUGCUUCAACCUGAACGCAAACCUGCCCACAUUACGCUUAAAGUAAUUCUCUGAGCAUACAAGUAUUUAUUAUGGUAUUAAUUAAGUGGCAGCAGAGAUCACAUUGUAUUUCAAAGCCUUAACACAGGAUUCCUUAUUGUUUUAGGAGACGAAGAGUUGCUUCUCGAGAGCAACAGCAAGGUCAGGUGGGAUAAUUGCCCCAAGAGAUCAGGACACGCGGCCUUCAUUCCCGUGAACGAAUUCCGCAGGCACCACCUCCCCGCGGGAUAUCAAGACGAAGAACUCAAGGAGUUCAUUCUGUCGGUCGCUGCACUGACCACGCUCAUCACGGUGGAUUACGUCAGCCCCAACCGACCCUUGACCGUCAGCGACUCCCAGACGCCGUAUCCCUUUUCAAACCGGAGGGGCCUGUUUGCCAAGCGAACCGGAAGUGGAAUGGUUUGGGAGGUUAAAAAAAUCACCGAAAAGGACUCCGAGGAGUCGGGAACCUGCCUGUGCUUCCAAUGUCGCCGGUCUCCAACACCGCGCAAGGAAUGGGGGUUGGUUCAAGUCCUCACGGCUCCGCAUGUCGUAUUCGAUUCCGAGGAAGUCGUGUGUUCUAAAUUUAGCCUUUUCCAAGACAGCGAGGUUAAUGAGACCGCAGAGAACUCGAUUGACGGCGUGGAGACAGUUUACACUAUGGUUGACAACGACGCUUCGUGCAUCAAAUGCGCCACACACAACCUCGACCUUAUCGAUAAACUUGAGACCCUGUUUCUCAAAUACUUAAAACUGUACCUCAACGUGAAGGAGCGGUUCAAAGGUCCUCACAUCGAUAAAAUAUGCAUUGUUGUAUCCCACCCCCACGGCUACACCAAACACGUUAGUGUUGGUACCUGGUCUUCAAGCGAGGGCGCCGGAAGUUUACUGCCCGAUACACGGUACACCUACAGCACGUCCACGUGCCCCGGUUCCAGCGGUUCUCCGGUUUUUGUCAUGGGGACUCAGUGGUGUCCCAUAAUUCGCCCCCACAGCUGUUCAGUGGGCAAGAACAACGAGAGCUCUGUUUACUGGGGUUGAGAAAUGACUUGGCGAAGAAGGAACCUAGUAAUGAAAAACACUGUGACGGUUCUUAGUCUCUACAACUGAACCCGGGGCUUUUUCAUGAUGAACCUAUUGAGAUAUCUACUUAUAACAUACACAUUUAAAUCGUCAUGAAACACUAAUUGGAAAAAUAGUGUAACAGUUUCCAUUUUAGUUUAGAUCCACAUUUGUUCAGUCCACAAAAUAAUUACCUUUGUAGUAACACAUUUGGUCGGUGUAAUCAUAAAAUUACCAAUUUAGAUUAUAUUUGCUCAGUAUAAAUAGUAUAAUCGUAUAAUUACCAAUGUAAAUUAUUUUUUCAUCAGUUGUUAUUCUUCGUAUUUAAGUCCUUUUUUAAAAGUCGCCUCCCGUUGUAUUUGUAACAUUUUAAAACUACAGCAGACGCCAGACAUACCUGUGUCAUAUCAAGUUUCUGUCAAUUCAUUUCUUUUUUUUUUUAAUGCCUUUUGGAUUUGUUGUUCUAUUUUUAAAGUUUUUUUUUAUUUCUUUGUAGAAAAUGUUCAUGUUUUACAUCAUCACUUGAAGUUGAAGAUAAUAUUACGAUCAACUGAAUUGUCAAACGAAAUAAG